UUCGAGAUCAGUUCUCGUGGGUGGAGUUUCCCUCAGCCGGGUUAGGCUUGUACAGACUGACAGUUCGUGAGUCGAAUUCACCUCACUAACAGAACAGGGAUGAAAUGACCUGUCUGUGUUGUAAAGAAAGUAGAGUAUUUUAGCUGCCUGAAGCUGUAAUCGGUGCUUGUUUGUUUCGGAUAAAUCAUAUGGUGUGGUGCGGUUUGGGAAGCCACGCUAGCCGUGUGCACUGUUCACAGAGCUGCACUCAGUCUUAGCCGUUACUGAAGCACUGGAGCACCACCGACUUGUGAUAUCCCUGUCAGCUGUUUAUCUGCUUUCUGAUCCAGCAACUGGACAGACUGUCACCAUUACCAUUCAUCAGGAUGUUUCCCUUUUCUGUCAUGUUUGACAUCUUAAGGUUGAGCAUGAGCGUGGUGUUGGAGCUCAGCUGCAAUGCAUGCAUUAGGCUGUAGAAUGAACCUGGCAGCAGUGCUAAAUGGCCUGCUUGUGUCGCUGGUCGCAGCCCUGCUAUGGAAGUACGUCCAGCUAAGCGACCACAUGGCCCAACUUGAAGAGGAGCUACAGCUGACGCGUCAAUCCCAGGAGCUUUCGCAUGUGCGCAUAGAUUAUCAUGCUGCCCUUUUGGCACUGCAAGAACAAGGCACAAGGAUGGUCUGCACCGGCAAGAUGCACACUGACCGCAUCUGCCGCUUUGACUAUCUUUGCUACUGUACCGAGGCUGAAGAGUUCAUAUUCUUCCAUAGUAAUGCCUCAGUCAUGCUUCCUAAUUUGGGCCCUCGUCGCUUCCAACCAGCCCUGCUGGACUUGUCCUCUGUUGAGGAUCAUAAUACUCAGUACUUUAACUUCUUGGAACUGCCCGCAGCUGCACUAAAGUAUAUGCCGAAGCCCGUGUUUGUGCCAGAUGUCACUCUCAUCCUCAAUCGCUUCAAUGCUGAUAACCUGAUGCACAUCUUCCAUGAUGAUCUUCUUCCAAUUUUCUACACCAUGCAACAGUACACAGACUUGGAUGAUGAAGCCAGGCUUGUCUUCAUGGAAGGUUGGGGAGAGGGGAGCCAUUUUGAUCUCUAUCGCCUGCUUAGCAGUAAACAGCCACUACUUAAAGAGCACUUAAGGAACUUUGGCAAGCUGAUGUGCUUCACUAAAUCUUAUAUCGGAUUGACAAAGAUGACUACAUGGUAUCAGUAUGGCUUUGUACAGCCCCAAGGGCCCAAAGCCAACAUUCUGGUGUCUGGGAAUGAGAUUCGUCAGUUUGCCUCAUUCAUAAUGGACAGGCUUAAUAUCACAACAGAGGAGAGGCCUGAAGGUGAUGAUUAUAUAGUAGUGUUUAGUAGAGCUUCUAACAGGCUGAUACUCAAUGAGGCAGAGUUGAUUCUUGCUUUGGCUCAAGAGUACAAAAUGAGGACAGUCACUGUGUCCUUGGAGGAGCAAACAUUUGCAAGCAUAGUCCAGCUUAUCAGUGGGGCAUCCAUGUUGGUCAGCAUGCACGGUGCUCAGCUGAUCACGUCCAUGUUCCUACCACGAGGGGCUGCUGUCAUCGAGCUUUUCCCAUACGCAGUCAACCCAGAACAGUAUACGCCAUAUAAAACUCUGGCCUCCUUACCAGGAAUGGACCUGCAGUAUAUAUCAUGGAGAAACACCAUUGAAGAAAAUUCUGUGGCCUAUCCUGACCGGCCCUGGGACCAAGGUGGUAUUGCUCACUUGGAGAAAGAGGAACAGGAACGUAUUCUAGCUAACAAGGAGGUGCCGAGACACCUCUGUUGUCGCAACCCAGAGUGGCUUUUCCGGAUUUAUCAAGACACCAUUGUGGACAUUCCUUCCUUCCUGGAAGUCCUUAGAGAAGGUCUAAAAGUUAAGCCUAAUCUGAAAAAGAGCAAACCUGCCAGUGUAGUACAUCCUGGUCGAGUCAGGCAACCCAAGUGCCAGACGUCUGUGCAGGCUGCCCAUGAAGCAAAGCUCUCUGUGUCCUGGCAGAUACCUUGGAACCUCAAGUACCUGAAGGUAAGAGAGGUAAAAUAUGAAGUGUGGAUCCAGGAGCAGGGGGAGAACACAUACAUGCCUUACAUUCUCCCCCAGCAAAACUAUACCUUUUCAGAGAACAUUAAGCCCUUUACCACAUAUUUAGUAUGGGUGCGCUGUAUCUUUAACAAGAACCUUUUGGGACCAUUUGCAGACGUUCUUAUAUGUAAAACCUAACUCUGUUGAGCUCACAGUAUCAUGACCAGAGUCAGGGAAAUGCUGAUGACAAAUACUGUGAAGCUGGAUUGUUCUGUGGAAAAAAAAAAAAAAAAAAGAUUUUUUGACAGAAUCUGUAGCUCAUUACCACAGUAAAUGAGAGGAACAUUUGUGCUGAGGACUAAAAAUAAUACAGAACUCUGGACUGCCAAAUCUGACUCUUUGUAAAGAAUUCUUCAACUUUAUCAUGAGUUUGAAAGAUUUUCGAUUUUCAAAUUGUAUUUAUAAAACUCUAUAAGGUAAUUUAUUUUUAUUUAUUAGUUUAAGAUGUCUGGUGUUGAAAUUUAUUGUGUCUGUGGGUGUGAUUAUCUGACUGCGCUGAUAGAUAUUUUAAAGUUUCUUACUUUUUUGGUACAAGUGAUUUUGUUAAAAUUUUGCAAUCCUUUUAGGUGACUUUGUGACUUGAGCAAAUGUUUCUUGCAGUCAUUAGACUCUCAUUAGUUAGCUGAAUAUUAGAUAAAAUAUUGAGCCAAAUUAGCAUAAAAACAAAGUGGUCUUAAAAAAUGUUUUUUUUUUCCCCCCAUUUAUUCCUUGUAUGUGCGAUGACUUGUACUUUUUUUCCAGUGCUGGUGUUUUUCCUUUUUAUUCUAGAAGACAUUUCAUGCUUGCUUAUUUUGAUAUUGAGACUUACUGUACUGGGCACAUGGAAUGGGAUGGUUGAGUCUUUUAAGUGUGGUCUGGCAUGAUCAAAUGGAAAUAAAGAUAGGACACUGCUGUUUGGUUUAUCAAAACUAAGAGUUGAAUAUAACCUGUAGUAUCAGUUAUUACAUUUCUCACUAUAAAUUAUUUAAUUCUUUAACAUAUUGGCUCUCCUUGACUGUAGUCCCAUACUUCAGUAUCAGUAUUUAACCAAAGUGUUCUGUUCGCUACUUAGCAGUUGAUGUACUGUUCAUGGGCCACAAAGGCUUAGGGAGCAGAGAUAGAAGAGAAUAUUUGAAAUGACCAACCUUGAAUACAUCUGUGUUUUUGGGGAAGAGUAAAGGCACACAAAGCCACUUCUUAUGCCUGGGGAUGCUCCUACAAUCAUCCCCAUGUGAGUACAAGUAAUACAUGGAUGUAAUAGAGUGAAUUUACUUAUCUGCUUUAUUUUGUUAAAAAACAACAACAACAACAAAAAAACAAACAGUUGGUGUCAAUUGAUAUUUCACCACUUUUGUUAUCUGCUUUAUCCUCAGGUCAAAAUGACCCAAACAUAACAUAUGUAAUAAAGGCUAAAUAUGAAGGGGAGUAUAGCAGAUGUACCAAAUGUAAAAUUGUCAUUGUUCAUGUUCUUAAAAAAUCAUUUUUAGAAUGGUUCUAGCUUAGGUUUAAAAAAAAAGAAGGGUUCAUUUUGACCCGAACAGAACAUACUUAUUUUGGGGAAUGUUUUCUCAUUUAGAGACCACAGCUGUACUCUGUAUUACCAUAUUCAGUGUUUUGAUUGACAUAAUCAAGUGCUAAUCAAAUUCAUGUAUAAGAUAAGGAUAAUUAAUCCAUGCUGAGUCUAAUAUGAAAUCGGUGUGAUGUCUGAUGCCGGUAAUCACAGAAAGAGGGGAUCUAAUUCCAUAACACCAAAACCUACGCUUGACUCUGAGGAUAUAAAUAAGGCUUGGUAAUCAGGCCAUUUGCAUGUCAUACAUUACACCAGAUUAGAACCACUAACUCCUGGGUUCAAUUUCAUCAUGAAAAAGCAUUAUUUUAGAGAAUAUUAUGCUCAAGUUGAAUGCAAGAAGAGGAAUUGACUAUUGUCUUGUCAACUACUGCCAUCUUUUAAGGCUUUGAAUGAACAUUUUAUAUAUAUAUAAUAUAUAUAUAAAUUGUUCAUUCAAUUAUUUAAAAAUCUUGUUGUGCAUUUCAUAUUCAUUUAUAUUUAUGAUUGCUUAGUUGUAUUUUUUUUUUGGUUGGACAUUUCUGAUGUUUGGAGGUUAAGGUAGUAAUUUCACCUUAAGUUAGUAAUUUCUGUAAUAGACUGGAGUCACCAUUACAGAUUAAUGACUUGUCUACUACAAACAAACAACUGCCAUAUCAUUUGGUUGGAGUGGAUGUGCAGAAGCACAACAGCAUUAAAAAUAUGGUAGUAUGAGUUUUGCUUUAAAAAAAAAAAAAAAACCAGGGAAGAUGUUUUUAGACACUGGAGGAACAUGGCCCAGUAUAUGUCAGGCGAGUGAUCUGACUGAAUGCCCUCAUGUCACGUCUGCUUUUUUCUGUGUGCUAGCUCCUGCUGGCUUAGGAUUUGACAUGACCCAGAAGUAGUAACUCACGUAACUGCUUACCUAACAGAGCCCUUAAAUAGAAACCGUUGUUUCUGUGCUUUGUAUUGUAAUUCUGAUAUAAUAAUACACUAUAAAAAAGUCAAAAGUUUGUGGACACCUGACCAUCAGACUCAUAUGUGCUUGUUGAACAUCCCAUUCCAGAUUUAGUCCCCCUUUGCUGUCAUAAUAACCUCCACUCUUCUGGGAAGGAUUUCCACUAGAUUUUUGAGUGGAGCUGUGGGGAUUUGUGCUCAUUCAGCCACAAGAGCAUUAGUGAGACACCUUGGCACACCAUGUCUUCAUGGACCUCGCUUUGUGCACAGGGGCAUUGUCAUGCUGGAAGAGGUUUGAGCCCCUCAGUUCCAGUGAAGGGAAAUCUUAAUGCUACAGCAUACAAAGACAUUCUAGACAAUUGUGUGCUUCCAACUUUGUGGCAACAGUUUGGGGAAGAACCAUAUAUGUAUGUGGUGGUCAGGUGUCCACAAACUUUUGGCCAUAUAGUGCAAUUUUACUUUAUUUUUACUGGCUGUGUCUGAAGUUGCAUUGAUAUCUAACUCAGUGUCAUAGCUGCUAAAGUUGCAUUGAUAUCUAACCCAGAUCUACUGCAUAGGUAUAGUACCGAUUACAAUUAAUCAGUAGCUACGCUAUUACAAAAGCAGAAUGGCAUAACAGAAGUUAAACUUUAAACCUCAAAAAAUGUACUUGAGGCUUCAUGUCAAGAAGUAUAUAGUCUGUUUAGGCUUUAAUGGUUUUAUUUCAAUAAACCUUACUAUUCAUUUAA